GGGUCAGAAACAAGUCCAAGGUAAGCUAUGGCGGACGCUAAUAACAAAGAAAUCCAGCGCAAAGCUGAAAAUCCUUUAGGACCCAUAAAUUUUUUCUCAAUGUUUCCCAAACUGGACCUGAAAUUCCCUCUCUUUAACCAACCAUUGAAAAAACCUCAAGUUUCGGUUACAAAAGAGGAGGAAAUUGAAAUCCCGAAACCACCAUCUUUAUUUCUUGGAAACCGCAGGAAAGUUCCUCAGCCGUUGGAAUUUGAGGCGGAGGAGUGCCUUGGGAGAACUUCUAAUCCUAUAGUUCUCUGGCAGGUAUAUGCGAUAGGUGGUAUCUUCUUAGUGAAAUGGAUAUGGGCAAGAUGGAAAGAAAGGAAGGAGAUGGGAUCCAAGAAGGAAUCCCCCGAUGAAGACGAACAGCCUCCUGCUGUCGAUGACUCUCAAUAUGUAUGAUUCUCUAAUUUUGUUUUAUGGUGCAGUUUAUAUCAUUCCCAACUUUAUGAGGUAUAGUAAAAUCAAGACCGAAUCCGUAUACUGUGUACCUAA